AUGGCUUCCUUCUGUGAAGAAUGUUCCGAUUCUAUUGGGGACAAACACUGUGUUGACUGUGACCGAUAUUUUUGUCUGAACUGUAAACUAACGCACUUAUCUGUAGGCAAGUUUCCAACUCAUUCAUUUCACAACGUUGAACCAGUAAAGGAAAGAGGACCGAUAGAAAACGAUUCACAAACUCAAAGAAAAGCUGACACUCUGAUCAAACCAGGAGUGGUAAUGGCUGACCUUGAUAUAGAAAAUCUACCACAUAAUUACGGAGACUCUGAAAAAAAUGUAGACAACACAGACUGGGAUGGUAAACAGAAAGAUGCAACACAGAUCUCGACGGAGAAUAAAACAGACACUGUCGUAAAAUCAGACACAGUGUCAACUAAAUCAGAAUCAUCAAGCAAUAAGGCUGAAAAACCAAAAGAGGUGACGAACGAGACAUUUGACCAAGCUUCAGAACCUGUGAACAGCAAAAUUGUACCAGACAAACCUGACGAUAAGAAAGAAACAAAUAAACCUUCUUCAGCACAAAUAAAACCAACAGCAAAUACUGACAGCAUACCAGAUGUUAUAAGUGAUACAGAAAAAGACAAACGAAUCUUUGAACUUACUGAAACAGAAAAAAUAAAGGAACCUAACAAAAGCCACGAAAUCGUAACAACAGACAAAACGAACGAAGAAAGCAAAAAUUACCGAAGUGAGAAAACGGCUUAUUCUAUCUUAGAAGUAACAAGCAUGUGUAAUGAUCACAACGAGGAGGAUUUUAUAUUUAUCUGUGAUCGGUGUGAUGUACCAGUUUGUAAGAUUUGUGUAGUAAGGGAACAUAAAGGUCACAAACUUUCAGACAUCGAAGAGACAGCUACCAUGAGAGAAAACGCUUUGGCACAUGUGUUAACUCCAAGGAUUGCUGGCGCUGUCAGAAACUCGAGCGAAAUGAGUCUUAAUCUGUCAACCUUCGACUCGGAAAUAAAUGAAGUGAACAGAGCAAUUGAACGACACGGCCAAUCGAUUAAGGAACUCGUGGACAGACAAGUAGAAUUGAUGAUAAAAAAUGUAAAAGAACGAGCUGGUCGAAGGAAAAAUAAAUAUUCAGAUGUAAACGACACAUUGAAUGACGCAGUAGUAAAGGGGAAGCUUUUACAACAACGUCAUCAGGAUUUGACCAAAUCGAAGAACGACGGAGCUUUGAUUUUGCAGUUAAAAAAACUUUCCAAAGAUGCUACAAAUUUUCACUAUCCGUCAGUUCCAAACUUCCCCACUGUCAAGUACCACCCACCAAAAGUUACAGAAGGCGAUGUUGAAGCGCUGUUUGGAGCAUUCAGUUUCAUCGACAUGGAUCCCAGAUCCAACAGGUUACCUAAAAUGAUACCACCUGCUAACAUAUAUUCUACUCCGAAACAUAGAUGGCAAUGUUGUAGAUGCGGUACAGACCAACUAAAUGAGUAA